AUGCCGUGGGCGACGAGAUCUGUUAGGCAGGACUUAUGCCUGGCCGCGGUCCUGGGUGGGCCGUUGAUUGCAUUUGUUUUUACAAUUAUGAGAUUCUUUGAUCGAAGAAAAGCGGGUUUAGGAUGGGAUGAUUAUUUAAUUGGUUUUGCUUGUCUGUUAUUAAUUGUUAUAAUAUACCCAUCAUGGAGGAUAAUAAAAAUGUUACAUUAUGGUAUACACCUAUGGGAAGUGGAGCCACUUGCUCUCGUCGAGAUAGAUUAUGAGGAAUACCACCACCUCACUCUUGUCUUCAGCUUCCUCUCCGGGCUUAUCAUGCCCCUCGUCAAAAUCUCCAUCCUCCUACUCCUCCUCAAGAUUGGCAGUGUUUUCGACAACCUUCGAAAAGCCAUCUGGGUCUUCAUCGUCAUUUCUGUAAUCAACUGCAUCAUCGUACAGAUGCUACUCCUCUUCCAAUGUCCCCAAAAACCGGAUGAUACUGCCGCCGACAAGACCUUUGGCGGCCUCGAAUGUAUACCAAGGAAAAUGCUUGGCAGGAUUAAUAUCUACCAGGCUAUCUUCAAUAUGUCGACGGAUGUCUUUGUGUUCCCGAUCCCGGUUUAUAUUGCAUAUAAGAUGCGAAUGGCGAGUUUGAAGGAUAGAUUGAUGGUGGUGUUCCUUUUCUCUCUGGGAUUACUCGUCACCGUCAUCGGCGCUAUCCGUGUCUACCUCGUCUACGAAGAAAGAGUCUACAUCAAAGCCGCCCCAGAUUGGACAUGGGGUGGCUCAGUCUGGGUCCUUCAACACCUCGAAUGGACCGUCGCAAUAGUCAUUGCCUGCGUCCCUAACUUCCGCACCCUCGUCGGCCGAUGGUUCCGACGCAACUCCAAUCGAAGUACCCAAAUCAACGUCGGAAGUCUAGAUGCCAGUGGCAGUUUAUCCCCCGCAUCGAUCAGAUUUUCAAAACAUAGCAAAACCCCGAUCUUGAAGAACGCACCAAUGGAUAGUAUCAUGGAGCUGGAACAUGUGGACUAUCCGGCUGGGACCGGGAGCGCGGAUAUUGAUCUUGAGCAAGCGCUCAAGAUGGAAUUGAAGGAGAUUAAUCAGUUGAAGAGAGAGAUGCAUUUCCAAAAGGAGAUCUCGGUUUGA